CUGGGCUACAGCUUUUGUAAAUCAGGAAUGCUAUUAAAUAUUAAUGUCACGUGCAAAUUAUCCAAUUUAUUCUGAUGCGUCAAAACCUAAAGACACACAGAAGACUAGUAUACAGAUCUAUCUAGCCAGCCUUUUGAUAUUAUAGAUCCUUGUACCAGUGUCUGUUGUGCCACAACUUGUGGAUUAGCAUGGAACAGCUAGCUGAUGAACGUAGAAAUCUUGGCAGUCCUUCUUUGAACCGAGGAGUGGCAGCGAUUUAAGACAGCUUGUACAAGUCUGACUACUCUCAAUUCAACUGCUGCCCUCUGCCAUUAUCUGUCUUGUAUUGUACAGGUUAUUAAAAGCUUUAGGCAACCAAUGACUUUCGGCUGCCAGUUCUCAUCACAUAAAACUAAAACAAGCUAAUCUCUGCUGGUGUCUUAGAUGACUAUAUCCUAGCUGAAUGCCUGAUGUCCUUAUUACUCCAUCUUCUCUUUUCUAGCACUAGCAUCCAUUCUCAAACUGUAGCUAAGUAGCCCGCGAUCACUUUUGCAGGCUACGCAAUUCUACUUAACCUCACGCAAUUUUUGAAUCACGUGGAAAAAUCAAUGAAUAAUCUCUACCCAAAUUCUGGUAGAGACACAAACUGUGUCCCAGAGUCACCAGUCCCUUUUCUCCCGCCCCCGUCCAAUCAGAGAAAAGGGAGUGGCUUGCGAGUCUAUGAUAUACCCUCUCAAAAGCCUGAUGUACCCUUUCAAAAGCCUGACCUACCCUCUCAAAAGCCUGAUGUACCCUCUCAAAAGCCUGAUGUACCCUCUCAAAAACCUGACCUACCCUCCCAAAAGCCUGACCUACCCUCUCAAAAGCAAGAUAAGCGUGAUAAGCGUCCUCUUGACACAAAAGAUCCUUGCAAGUCACCUCCUAGGAAGAAACAAAAGAGUCAGGGAACGAUGUGGCUGAAGACCCUAGAUCUAAACCUCUUUGACAAACAAGUGUUGAGUGCAAUAGGUGGUAUGCUCUCCGACAAGCAUAUGCGUGCAGCCCACCAGUUAUUAUCGAUGCAAUUCCUUAAGUUUGAAGGCUGCUAUAAUACUCUCUUGGCCCAAUUAAAGGCAUUUCCACCAGUUUCCAAUAAUCAAGGCCCAGCUGUGCAAAUCUUCUUUGUUGAAGAACGACAGCACUGGAUUGCCACUUCUCUGUUUAAGGGUGAACUGUAUUUGUACGACAGCUGCUUCAAUGGAACGCUUUCCCCAAGUACUGAGCUCCAGAUAGCACAAGUGUAUAGCCCAUUAAUUCAAUGCAAUGGGCUGUUGAUUUCUGUGGUGGCUCUCCAGCAGCAAGAGGGUGCUAACAACUGCGGACUAUUUAGCAUUGCUGCUGCAUAUCACGCUGCUAUGAACGAUAAUGUGGAUUCUCUAGUGUUUGAUGAGGCCAAAAUGAGAGCACAUCUCAUUAAGUGCUUUGAGAAGGGCAAACUCUCACGGUUCCCUCGCACAAAGAAAGCGAUGCCCAAAAGACCAACACCACAAACCAUUGCCAUUACAAUAUACUGCAUGUGCAAGAGACCGGACUCUUUUGAGGAUAUGGUCAUGUGUGACAAAUGUAGUGAGUGGUAUCACUAUUGCUGUGCCAAAUUUCGCAAAGAACCAGUAGGUAAUUGGUUUUGUUCUGGUUGCAUCACUUUAUGAUUUGUGCACUUUUGG